CAUGCCAAGGGCGGUGGCGUCAUACCGCUGGCGUUGUCGGGCCGCUUUUACUAAACACAUGCAAUCAAAUGCGUCGCGGCACACAAGCCCGUUAGCGGCGACGGCAUCGCCUCGACAAUAUUUUUCCCGCCAGCAGAUAGCGGAGAACGCUCGAAACGCCGGAGGGAGCGGGCCGCCAAAGGGACGGUAUUCAACACUAUCAAAUGGGACGCGGCACACUAGAAAUUGCGGAACGUUGAGCGUGUCUCAUUUUUACGCAAUUUUUGUGGUAUUUAGCUAUUGAACUUUGUGUAUGACGGACGUGUUGUGUUCUGUGUUGUGUUCUUUUUCUAUUAUUUGCAUCCAUUAUGGAUACGGACAAAAUGAUCCAGUUAAUUCAAAGUUGCCCCUCACUGUGGGAUAAAGGAUGUGAUGAAUAUAAAAACAGAACGAUAAAGGAGAAAUGCUGGACUGAAAUUACUGUUCAAUUAAAUCAAGAGGAAUGGGAAGAGCUUAGUUCAGCAGACAAGCAGAAAAAAAUUGCAGAUGUGAAGUUGAAGUGGAAAAACGUUCGCGACCAUUUCCGCAAGACACUACAAGGACCCAAAAGCGGAGCUGCGGCCAAAAAAACCAAAUAUAUGUAUGCCGAUGCUUUGGAGUUCCUUCUCUCAGCUUCUAAGAAAAGAAGCACUUCUGGUAACAUUUCCUUCGACGAAGAGGAGCAUGAAUCACAAUUGGAAGGACACUCAGAGACCGACUCUUCUUCAUCUCAAGCACUACCUAUACCUCGACCUACACCCCCGUUAUCCCCUUCAACUUCAACUUCUACAACUGUUUAUUCCACCUCAACUCUGCCAAAAAAACCUAAAAUGUCGCAGUUCCAAUCCCAACUGCUAAAGACCCUUGAAAAGCCAAUGCCACAGCCCGAAAUAGAACCAGAUAAUUCAAACAAAUUGUUUAUGAUGUCCAUAGUACCCUUUAUGGACAAAUUAUCCGAAGGCGACAAUUUAGAGUUCCGGCAUUACGUUAACGAUUUCUUCAUCCAACUACGAAGGCGUAAAAGAGUUUCAGUGCCCCUCGGUUCAGGCUCAAGCACAAGCUCAGGAACCUCUUCUCCUUUUCCCGUGUCUUCUGCCUCGUUUUCCAAUAGCUUUGUGUCUUCCUCCCAACAUACUAAUUACAUUCAACACCCUUAUUCCGAUAACCAAACGUCGUAUCAUCAGCUUCAAACUAACACUCUUCCUUCCUACUACACGCAAUCAUUACCCAGCAAUCACCCUUCUGAAGAUGAACUUAUAUAAUUUAUAUUUUUUACUUGUUAAAAAACUGAAUUAACCAAAACCAAAUACAUUUGUGUCAACUAUAUUUUUCAGUUUGUUUUAUUUUGGAAUUAAGUACCCAUUUUAAAAAAUUAUAUAAGUAGGUAUAUAGCUUACCUUAAUGUAACUGUCAGUCUUUCUUCGGCACUAAUUGAUUUUCUCCACCUUGUGUU